AUGAAGAAGCAACUGAACUCCAUAUUCAACAAGUGCAAGAGCUUCUCAAGACUUCUAGGGAGGUCAUCUUCACACAACUACAGCUCGAAAUCAAAUUCAUUUUCGAGAGACGACGAAAUUGUGUUUGUUGGACAAACACGAAAACCGUAUGCCAUUAGCUCAAAAGAUCUGAAUCAUCCUCUGCUAAAUGCUGUCAUCGAAAAGGAAUCGAGUUUGAGUUGUAAUGGGAGUGUGUGGGUGAAAUGUGAAGUUGUGCUGUUCGAUCAUCUGCUGUGGAUGCUAGAUGAUGUAGAAUCUGAAGUAGCUAGUGAUACUUUACAAGAGUUAGUAGAGUUUUAUGCCAUGUAA